AAGUCUCCAGGGCAGAGAGGGAGUCAACUCAUUGGCGCUUGAGUCGGCAAAGAAAUCAAGAUGGCCAAAGUUCCUGACUUGUUUGAAGACCUAAAGAACUGUUAUAGUGAAAAUGAAGACUACAGUUCUGCCAUUGACCAUCUCUCGCUGAAUCAGAAAUCCUUCUAUGAUACAAACUAUGGCUCACUUCAUGAGACUUACACAGAUCAGUUUGUAUCUCUGAGAACCUCUGAAACAUCAAAGAUGUCCAACUUCACCUUCAAGGAGAGCCGGGUGACAGUGUCAGCAACAUCAAGCAACGGGAAGAUUCUGAAGAAGAGACGGCUGAGUUUCAGUGAGACCUUCUCUGAAGAUGACCUGGAGGCCUUAACCCAUGGUCUGGAAGAGACCAUCCAACCCAGAUCAGCACCUUACACCUACCAGAGUGAUUUGAGAUACAAACUGAUAAAGCUCGUCAGGCAGAAGUUUGUCAUGAAUGAUUCCCUCAACCAAACUAUCUAUCAGGAUGUGGACAAACACUAUCUCAGCGCUGCUUCAUUAAAUGACCUGCAACAUGAAGUAAAAUUUGACAUGUAUGCCUACUCGUCAGGAGACGACUCCAAAUACCCUGUUACUCUAAAAAUCUCAGAUUCACAGCUGUUCGUGAGUGCUCAGGGCGAAGACCAGCCAGUGUUGCUGAAGGAGUUGCCAGAAACACCAAAACUCAUCACAGGUAGUGAGACUGACCUCAUUUUCUUCUGGAAAAGUAUCAACUCUAAGAACUACUUCACAUCAGCGGCUUAUCCAGAGCUGUUUAUUGCCACCAAAGAACAGAGUCGGGUGCACCUGGCCCGGGGACUGCCCUCCAUGACAGACUUCCAGAUAUCAUAAAAGCAGCCUUAUUUCGGGAGUCUAUUCACUCGGGAAGUGCUGACAAUCUGUAUGUACCAUGUACAGGAACCUCCCUCAGCCUGAGUCACUUGCGCAGCAUGUGCUGAGUCUCUGUAAUUCUAAAUGAAUGUUUACCCUCUUUGUAAGAGAAGAGCAAACCCUAGUGGAGCCACCCCAACAUAUGAUACUAUCUGUUAUUUAAAGUGUACCCUAUAGUUUGCUCAGUACUAAUCAUUUUAAUUAUUAUUCUGCAUGGCAUUCUUAGGAGGAACAAAAAGACUCUACACAUAUCACAGAUGGGUUAUCAAAGGGAUAAAACAACUGAAAAGCACACUCGAUGCAUUUAGAAUGGAAAUUCACAGACCCAUGAAGCCCUGUGUACCUUCAGCUUCAAAAUGCCAGUUGAGUAGGAUAAAGGUAUAAGAACUUAAUGCUGUCAUUUUCAAAAGGAAGGGGACAAUAGCUACAUCUUUCCUACCUCAGUGGGUUUUAUUCCAGUGAGAUCAUUUGGAUGAAAUCUUCCUGUAACAGACCUCAAGAAGGAGACAGACUAUUGAAUGUUAUUUUUAAGUUAUUUUAUAUGUGUAUUUAUAAAUAUAUUUAUGAUAAUUAUAUUAUUUAUGGCACAUCCUUAAAUCCUCUGAGCUUGACAGGCAUCCUUGCAGCAGGAUUUUCUAGGUGCUCAGUUAAAUGUAGUUUUCUCUAGAGCACCAUGCUAUAGACGUUACACUUUUCCCACAGCCAUGAAGCUCUCUCUACAUUCUUGUACUUGGGAGCCCUGUAAUCAUGAUCUUAAUCUGUACUGUUUACUUUGUUCAUCUAAAAUGAUAACUGAGUCAGGCUUUUGCCCUCCUGUCCUUAAAGCUGUCUGGAUAUUCUUACAUCAUUCAGUCUCACCUGUAACUAACACCAACCAUCUAAAGAUGGAAAGAUCUUAACUGUGACAACCACAUCACUAUUACCUGAAGUUUCUUUUCUAGGAUGUAAUCAGUGUUUCCCUUGGGUUCCUAAUUUGUUCUCAAACCACAGUGUCACAUAACUAUCAACAAUAACAAUCAACUCAUUAUUAUUGAUCAAAAUUAAAUAAAACAAGUUUGAGCUGA